AUGGAGUCUUAUCGAAUGACCGGGCUGCCGUUGAUGUCGUUCCAGCAGCAUCUCAGCCGGCUCUACAACGACACCAAGAAGUCGUCUGACUUUGUCAAGGAGCCCGUCCAGAAUGCCGAGGACCCGGAAAUCAAGGCGCUGCACCGCAAGCUGCGCAUCCAAAAGGACCGCCUCGUCAGCUGGGGCCUCGAGUGGUCCGAUCCCAGCCAGUCCAGCGAAGUGCUCAUCGACUCGUCCAUCUCCAGGGCCGGCCUCAGCGAGAUUGUCAGCAGCAUCAUGUCAACAAUAAAGGAGACCCUGGCCGAGGUGGAGCCCCUGUGGCUCAGCUCCAAGCGCCUCGUCGGCGAGGACACCCCGUCGUUGGAUCGCGACCGCGACCGAAAGUUGUCGUCUGUCACCUGGGACAAGGCUCGCUUUGUCGAUCUAGUCCGAGACCUGACGGUGUCCAUCGAUACUUUAUAUGAUUUGUCCAGGAACCGGUUGUCCGAAUCGGGAGAAGGAGGAAAAGGAGGAGGAAGAGGAGGACCGUCCAAGCCUACCCCAUCAUGGCUGGAGAGGGGUCCACCAGCCGAGGACCUCCGCCCUUUCGAGUCAACGAGGAUGCAGGUCCCUCAGCAGAUCAAUUCGGCCACCCUUACCUGCAUCGAGUCGCCACAUCUUGCCGACUCUCCUCCCGGGACAGAAACCCGACAAGUGGUCUUCAUGAGCAAGCAGGUCUAUGCGGAUUUCGCCCGCGUCCGGGGCCUUCGGCAAGGCUAUUCUCCACUGCUGCUGGAGUACUCCUAUUUCGACCCUGUGUAUUCGAGCACCGGCAUCAUGCCGUCUAUGGCCCGGUUCGAGAAGCUCGCGUCUGGCCUGCAGGCCAAUAUGCAGCGCCCAUCCAACGCCUGGAUCGGCAUUCCCCAGCUGCUCGGCUAUUUCGAAGACAUGGAUCACUCUCGCCUCGGCCUGGUUUACCACUUCCCUCCGGGCUGCAACGCUGUCGUGCCGUCCGAUGUUGCGGCGCAUCAGCCCCGAUCCUGCCUGCUGACACUGAGCGAUAUGCUCUCCAGUCCCAGCGUGGAGCCGCGAUUGGAGGCUAAGUUCCGGCUUGCCUCCAAUCUUGCCAACACUGUCUUCGAGAUGCACGCCCGAGGCAUUGCACACGGACGGCUAGGCGAUCAGAGUGUUCUCUUCGGUCGUGAUGCUGCACCCGGGACGGCGGCAACAGACAUCUCGAGAGCCGACGUGCGGAAGCCGCUCAUUUCCGGUUUCGACCUCUUCCCCUCUACUCCUUCGCCAGACAGGGAGCAGCAGUCGCUUCUGUUCAGACACCCUCUCAAUCCGCAGUCAUUCUCACCCGAAUCCCCUCCGAUUGUGGAUGCCGACCCUCGGGCAUUCGACCUGUAUUCUGUGGCGAUGCUCCUUCUGUCCAUCGGCAUGUGGACAAAGGUGGAGAACCUCGUUCCGCAUCGUGAGUCGGCAUCUGUGUCUGAAACGGUACUUGACCAGCUAGCCGUGCAAUGCGGUACUCUAUAUAUGAAAGCAGUGCAAACGUGCUGGAAUGCCAUGGAGACAGUGGUGUCUGCCAAGACGCCCAGUGAGUCGCAUCUGGCUCGGGUGGAACUCAAGGUCAGCCGCUAUCUGGAAGCAUGUUGUGUCUUGGACACGGUGAGCGCCUUUGAAGAGCCCACAAGAGAGGGACUGCGACGUGAGGACACUUUCGGGGCGACGACGAUAACGGCGACGCCGGCGCCGACACCGACCUUGACGCCUGCAGCGAGCUUCUACCAGAAGCAGAGCACCGACGUCAAGUCACCUUUGGAUCGGGGACUGGAUAGAGGACGGCCCACCGAUGACUUCCCCAUGCGCGCAGCGCCUGUAGAUGCGAGACCGCCGAUUCCGCCCCGGGUUCCCGCUGCGAGGACAACAACGUUUGGAAAAUCAGAAGCUGGUCUCUCCAUGUCCUCCAAGCCCGAGCCUGUGCGCUUGAAACUCUUCCCACAGGUUGCCCUGCCCCCGGAUGUCAUUGAGCAGUGGCACACGUUCCUGAUGCCGCAGAUAAACUUCGCCCUGCGCAAUUUCUAUCGUAACCAUCCGGAAUCUGUGGAAAUCUCGCUCGAGUCUGUGGGCGAGUCACCACGAAACACGAAGCCAACUGUCAUGGUGGUGUGUACCUCGGUCAGCAAGGUUCGGCACAUCCUGAAGAGAAAGCUGGGCGCGGUGUUUGAUGGAUCGUCUGGGUUCUCCCUAAAAGUCUGCAGCGGCCGCGUGCUUCGAUCACGCAAGGACGGCGCAGCGCAAGGUGCCAGGCCCAAGCGAAACCAAGACGACGGUGGCAGGAAACAGAUCCUUGCUGCGAACAACCAAUUCCAGGAACGACCUCAAAACGGGGCCAGCAUCGGUGCUUGGAUUGGCGAUCGGCAUCUCCCUCCUGUCAGCUUCGGCGGGCUAGUGCUUGUCGAUGGCAAGCCGUUUGGCAUGACGGUGCACCACAUGCUCGACGACCCAGACGCGAUCGAGGCGGCAGCAGCCCGGGAAGGUCAGAAGACAGUUCGCAGCAGCAGCUCAGCAGCCGCCACACAGGAGAUCGAAGCACUUGGACAGUCUCUACUGGACUGGUAUGAAGAGCUCCAGGCCGAUUCGUCCACGGCGAGCUCCAAUGGCGGCGAUUUCGCCUGCGAGUUCUCCGACACGAACUCGGCGGUAUCCGAUUCCGAUCUCACCAGCGAGUGGUCCGACAACAGCGAUGAGGAAGAAAACGACGAGUCUGGCGCCAGCAGCGGCGAGCCGGGCGAUCUGCCUGGCGUGGAGCCCGGCUUUGGCGACGGCUAUGUUGUGACUCAACCUGCGCUUGAUGAUGUCGAGAAGGACUUCUAUCCCGACCAGGAGACUCAAGAUGACGACCACCUAGACUCUUGCGGCCUGGGCGAUAUCUUUGCUUCUAGCGGCGUCCGCAGACGCGUGGACGAACAGGGACUGGUGCAUGAGAUCGAUUGGGCGCUUUUUGAGUUCAAGGAAGAGCGACGACCGGCAGACAACUCGAUUCCUCACCUUCCUCUAGAACGCCGAGGCUCGCCGUCUUUCACGGCAUCGGCAGCGGUCAAGCCGUCGGUUCUUCACCCGACCACAGUGGCCCCGUCUUCUGCGCUCCCCGGGCUCGAGGUGCAAUGCAUAGCUCGCACGUCAGGCCUGCAGACGGGCCAGAUUCUGCCGACGAUCACGUCAGUCAAGAUCUACGGACGGCUGUCACCGUCGCACACGUACCAGAUCAGUGGGAGCAGUUCUGCAGCAGCUGCAACCGCUGCAAUGGCAUCUCGUGCGGCUGGGCGCCGUCCAAAUAUGCCUAUUGGUAUCCCGGGAGACAGUGGGGCGUGGAUUGUCGAGCGCGAGCACGGUCGGCUAUGCGGGCAUGUGCUGGCUUGGAGCGAGCGCAAGAAGGUGGCGUAUCUGUGUCCGAUGGACGUGAUGUUGUUGGACAUUGCCGAGACGCUGGAGGCAGGCGAGGUGCGACUGCCCGGAGGCGAUGCAGUGGUCAAGAUCAUGGAUGGAGAAGCGAGAAAAAAGAAGGAAGCGUGGCGUGGGCUCGGCAAGGGGACAGAGCCAGACGGAGAAGAAGGUGAUCUGGGCAAGGACAAGGGCGAGGAGGAAGAGGACGAAGGAUACCACGACGAGCACAACGCGGCCGAAAGCGGCGCUGGGACGUCAUUUGGGCCGACGGUGGAGAAGUUUGAGGGAGGAGACAUGUGUCCGCAGCCGACGAAGAUGAUGGAGCUUGCGGGGAGCCUGGGAAAGAUGCAUUUGGGUGGCGGCAAUGUGGAGACGGCGUGUUGA